AGAAACAGAAACUAUGAACAACUUAGGUGCUCAUGAUGAAUGGAAGCAUGGUGACAGUGUUGAGGAUAACCCCAGUUCUACUAAAGAAGAAGAAUGCUACGAAGCAGCUACUAUACCUCGUGUUUCUUUAGACCUCAAGGUUUUACAAGGAAAUAAUCUCCAAUUCGCCGAUAAGAAGAUGACGGAAUUGACGGAAGAUUUUUCUGUAGUAAAUGAUGACAGACCUACCCCUAUAUAAAUGAAAGACAUCUAUGUUCAAGCUGCCAUGCUUCCUCUGAGUAAAACAUUAGACWAWGGAGUAGUGGUGUCUGUCCAUCAAGGCGACAUUACUAAAGUACACGCUGAUGUCAUUGUUAAUUCAACCAAUGAGAGGCUUGCGCAUGGAGSGGGUGUUGCAGGAGCCAUAGUAAAGCAAGGUGGUCAACGAAUACAACAGGAAUCAGAUGCAUUAGUUAGGAGAUACGGAUGUGUUCCUGUAGGUCAGGUUGCACAUACUGGCCCAGGGAAUCUUCCUUACAAACAAAUCUACCAUGCCGUUGGUCCACAAUGGAGAGUUCAUGGUGAAGAACGUAGUCGACAUUUUAUUUUUGAAGCGUGUAUGAAAUGUUUCGUACAAGCAAGUAAACACAGAAUGACUUCCAUUGCCCUUYCCGGAAUAAGUUCUGGUAUAUACGGCGUACCAAAACAAGCUUGCGCAGAGAUGAUGUUUGCUGCCGCAGAGAUAUUCAGCGCCGAAGCAUCAAGUGACAACCAACUGAGGGACAUCCGGUUUGUAAACAUAGACACCCCAACUUACGAUGCAUUUCGAAGGGAGUUUCACGAUCGUUACAAUUUGAUGACAAAGGAACCCGCACACCUUGGAAGUAAUCUUAAAGAAGAAGACGUGGUUGAUCUUUUUCCUCAAGCAGACAAAGAAAGAGAAUACCAAAGGAGCACCGACCAGCAGAUGUUUGGUUCGACGGGAAGGACAGAUCAASUGGUUAACAUUGAAGAAUUUGAGCGCAUAAAGAGAGCAGCUGUUGCAACCCUAAGGAUGAAGAAGAAUGAGACAGCAAUAGCUGAAGAAAUACCGCGAGAGCAUGAAACUUCGUCAAUGAUACCAUCGAGUGAAAAUAAAUUAUCUUUCCUGGGUGGUUUUGAAGAAAAAGAAAAGAAUAUUGGAAAGAUAAUAGAAGCGAAAGGGAAAGAGGAAGAGGAAGAGAAGGAGAAGGAGAAGGAGAAGGAGAAGGAGAAGGAAGAUUGCGAGAAUGGAAAUAAAGUUUGUCCCAAAAAUAACAUGAAAAAGUCCACAGUUGAAGGCAAAAAAGAAAACGAGGUGAUCGCCAUGUUUUCAAAGAUGGGAAUUAAUGACGAUAAACCUAAAAGAGAAGAUGCAGUAAAGACGGAAACAAAUGAGAACAAUGACCCUGAAAUAGUAGAAGCAAAAGAAAAGCCAAAGGUUGCGGAUAAAACUAAAUCGAUUUAUGAAACAGAAAACGAGGAUUUAGAUGUUAAGAAAAWUGAUCCUGAAAUCCCCAUUGAGACUGACGARUCKUCACGUCUGAAAGAAAAGCCCAAUGAUCAMAGUYAUUCUGAAAUCAAAAACAAACCUCACGGGAAUAAAAUAAAAGCUAGUGAUAGAGAAUUAUCCGGAAGAGGAGUCACCUACGAGCAUCCAACUGUCUUAUAUCAGAAAACAAAAAAACCCUUCAAGUCAUCUGGACGUGGAAGAGGUGCUCUAGCUUUUACUUCAACGCUUACAGGUACAAUGCCUGCACGUGCAGUCAGAGAUGAUCCCUUCAAUGUAAAUGGUGACAGUCGAACAGACGAGGACGAUCCAUCAGGAGGUGAUUGCAAAGAACCGCCGGGGCUAACAGUAAGCGAGGAAGGCUUGAAGCUUGCCAACACGAUUAGAGAAAGGAGCGAGGAAAGAAAGGACCGAAGAAAAAAAAAAGGCGGAGGAUCAGCAAAACAUGGAGAUACCAUGACAAACUUCAACAAAAAAUAUGAGGACCCGCCAUCUGGUAAAAGUGACAAUAAUAAUGAAGAAGUCAAAGAAGAAAUAAAAACUGAUAUGUCUGAGUCUAAUGAGUCUUAUGCGUCCAAGGAAGACUCCAAGUCGGACAAAGAAAAUAACGAACAUGACAUCGUGGAUAAAAGUGAAAACGUCUGUGAUCAGGAAAAGAAAGAAAUCAAGUCUAAAGAUGACCAUCUGAACAACAAUCAAACGGAAAAGAUCAGUGGGAUGCAUGCUGAAAAGGAAGAGGAAAGCAGUGCUACAUCUGGAGGAACAACUGAUUCUAAGGAACCAAUGGAUUCAAAAUUGAAGUCUGAUGGUGAUGGCCAAAGUUCAGAUCAUUACGCAAAACAGGAAAUCAGUGCUGUGCCUGAAAACGCAACUGGACCGAAACCUUUGUAUCCCAACGCCGAGGAAAAUGGUGAUGAUCAAAAUAUUCAUAAAGGCGCAAAAGAAGAAAUCAUUGAUGCAUCCGCAAAAGCAACUGAACUUAAGAAUCUCUUGGAUUCUAACGUCGAGGAUAGUGCUGAUGAUCAGAAUUCUCAAAAAGAUUCAAAGGACGAAAGCAGUGUUGCAUCGUCUACGAAAGCAGACGAUCCUAAGGAACAAGUGGAUUCCAACGUCGAGGACUAUGGUAGUGAUCGAAAUUCUCAUAAAGAUUCGAAGGACGAAAGAAGUGUUGCAUCUGCAGAAGCAACUGAACCUAAGACACAAACGGAUUCCAACGUCGAGGAAAAUGGUGGUGAUCAAAAUUCUCAUAAAAACUCAAAGGACGAAAGCAGUGUAGUAUCUGAAGAAGCAAUUGAACCAAAUAACCCUUUGGAUCCUAACGUCAAGCUUGGUAGUCAAAGUCAAAGUCCUGACCUAGAAGCAAAAAACAACAGCAAAGAUGUGUCUGCAGAAGCGGCCGAUCCUAAAAAACCUUUGGAGCGUGAUGGUGAUGGCGAAAGUUCUAAUAAAAAAGCAGAAGAGGAUAGCAACACCCAGUCUGCAGAAGCGAUUGAUCUUAACAACGUUUCAAAUUUUAGUGCUGAACCAGAUUCCAUGAAUUCUUUUGUGUUUUUGGAUAUGCCCAGUGUAGAUCAUGACAGCUCAAUAAGACCUGAAAAGACGUCAGGAAGCAGCGACGAGUCAAGUGAGAGCAUCGAACUUCUUAAUUCAGAAAGAGAUGGAUUUUCUGAUACUUCGUCUUCAAGCCCUGCCAUUGAGCAAGGACGUGACCUCGCCCAGCCAUCUGGUGGUGACCUCGAUAACUCCAGCAUCGGGAGCACUACACUCCACGAGGUAAAUCCUGUAUCAGACUCGCAUACAAAAGCAACGGGGAAAACGGUUGGAUCUGCAGUGGCGAACAACAAAGACCAAAGUGCUGAAAAUAAUGCUACGGAACUUGAAGGUGGGGCUAGUAGCUCUAGUGUCCACCAAGAAGCCSAUAAUACUGAGAGUAUUAUCAAAGACAAUGAUCAUCCCCAAAAAAUAUCAUCAGUGGAAGACCUAUCUCAUGAUAACGUUGCUGCAGAUACAGUGAAAAAAGCAGUCAACUCGGAUAGAGAAACUACUUCUGUCAUAUCAAACGAAAAACAAGAAUGUGGAGUUUGCUUGUCUACACUUGAUUCAGCUCAACUUUUAAGGAUUUGUGAUUCUGGUCACGCAGUCUGUAGAAACUGUAUCGAUAACCUACAAAACGCUGAGCUUAAUAGUUUUUGUCCAACUUGCCACGAAGUUGUCCCUAGAAUUGCGCUACAGCCUCCAAAUGGUCAAAUGAAGUCUGGUAUUAUAGAAAAAGGUUUGGUGGGUUACGAGAGCUGUUUUACAAUAUAUGUCGACUAUGAAUUUCCUGAGGGAACACAGGGCCCCUUUCAUCCAAACCCUGGCACUCCUUACGACAAACUUUCUAGGAGGACAUUUCUUCCAGAUAACGAAGAAGGCAGGGAAGUGUUAGAACUUCUCAAGAAAGCAUUUGAUGCUAGUAUUCUCUUCACUGUUGGUAAAUCUACGAUCAAUGACAAUGAUAAUCAAAUCAUAUUCAACGAGGACAUAGAACACAAGACUAAUGUCAAUGGUGGACCCAAAGUAAGUGGUUAUCCAGAUCCAGAUUACCCCGACAGAGUAAAGAAACAGCUAAAGGCCAAGGGAAUUGAGUAAACAAGUCGAAGGCCAACAAGCAUAAUUAUAAAUUAUCAUCGUAUCUUUCAAAGGAUGUUUUUCAAAAUCAGUGGAAAACACCUUAUACACAUUCACGAAUGAAAAAGGUUUGCACAUGUAGUUUGUAUAUAUAUAUAUGUUAUGUGAGUGAUAGUCUUUGUCAAAUAUCCUGGGCCUGUCUUGUUCCUCUAAAGCAACUGGUUAGCACAUGCACUUUUUACAAUCAACGGCAACAGCGAGAACAGUUAUAUUAAAAUAUGUGCAUUUUGGUCAUAACGUGCAUGCCUUUAAAGUGGA